AUGGCAGGUAUGUUCUUAAGUGAAUUGUAAAAUAUAUCUGCUUCAAUUGUUUGGGAUAUGCUGGUGAUAUACGUCUUAUUGUGUUUCAAUAUACUGUAUAUAGUGGUGCUUUAAAUAGGUAUCAUACAGUUACGAUGUUUUGAGUGUAGUGAUUUAAAUCGUACAUUAGACAGAUUUAGAUCAUAGUUUAGAUCGAGGACGCGGACGCCAAAGACGACGUGAAAAUGGCGUGUUGUGCCAAUGUAUGGAUAUGCCACGCCAUUUUCACGUCGUCUUUGACGUCCGCGUCCUCGAUCUAAAUAUGUCUAUUAAUACUAAUCUUGCUCAAGACCAUAAGUAAAUGAGCAGUGUAAUCCCCUUAUAUAUAUUGUUUGCCAGUGAUAGUCUAUUAAAUAUCAUGUUGCUAUAUGGUAUCUCAAAAGUGGUAGUCCAGUGUGGGUAGUAUUCUACAGUAAACUGUUGUGGUUUGUGUCUGAACUACCUGAAAAAUAUAUCUCAAACGUGGUGGUCCAGUAUAGGAAGUAUUGUAUAAUAAGCUGUCUCUACUAGAAAAGGUGUGUAAUUUCGUUUGUCUGCCAACGGGCAAGCGUAGUACAAUCUAUACUGAAAGUACGGGCAAGGAUCUUUUGCAUACGGCUUCAGUGCUAUGAUAGCCAUGUGAAAAUGUGCUUUAAAAUUCCCCUGAGCCAAACCUAUCUCCGUUAAUAUGCGUUUCUAACCUUUCUAAGUCGGUCUAUGACGAAAUAAUUUUUUCGAACUGCCAAAAAUUUUCUAAUUGACAAGCCUAGCUUUAUUUGACUCCGAACUCCGGGCAACGGCCAUAGUCUCACGGCAGGAUUUAAUUUGGGCGACUAUUCAUGUCCUGUUAUCUGCAGUAACAAUGAGUCUUGUGUAUCAGUAAUAUAAACAAUUUUUGUCUGCAAAUAAAUAUUGGCUUCAAGCAUCACAUACCACUUCCCCCUGGUGUUUCUAUAAAUAAAAGUAAAAUUGUUUUAACAUAUUUUUUUAAAUUGCUACUUGUAUUUAAAGAAAAAAACAUUUCCCAUGAAUCUCAAACAUUUCCAGAUAUCAAGGCGGAAAUCCAAGCUCAGAUGAAAAAAAUGGAAGAAGCAAUGUUGGCGGGAAAACAAGACGAGAUGGUCAAUUUCUACACUGAUGACUGUCGAGUUCUGCCAGCUGGUGCACCAAUGUUGGUUGGAAAAGAUGGUAUAUUUCUUCAUGUGUUUUGGGAAAACUAUGGCCCCUCAGACCCCGUUUACACUGUACCGGGUUGGCUGGUCACGACAUCUUCGUUUGCUGUCCAGGAGCAACGUUUAACAACAAAGGUUUAUGUUUUCGAUAACUUCCGUAUGUUUCUGCUUGUUACUACCAUUAUAAAUGUGUAGGCUGUUUCAUUGACUGUUAAAACUGAUGUCGUGACCAGCGAAUCCGCUACAGUGUAAACGGGGUCUCACUUUCAUGAGAUAUAUACGAAUUUACCUUUGACUUGCGUUUGUAGCAAGUCAUUUCUUGCAAGACCAAGUCAAGUUACUCACUGCACAUAUGCAUAGGCAUAAUGCGUUUGAAGUUGGAAACAGGCUUUAAAUAGCCGGUUCCCCUUAUUGCGUAUUCUGAAUACAACUACCAGCAUGCUUUUCGGACGUGUUAUUGCAUAAUGAAGAAAAUACCUGCAAAGUAUCAUGGUAGUUGUAUUCAGAAUACGUAAUAAGGGGAACCGGCUAUUGCCCGCCAAUCGUUUCUCUUGUAGCAUUGAGGGGAUUCCUCGCUAUCAUGGCUCAGUUCAUGGAGAAAGUUGGCAAAGUUGAGAACAUUGCCGUCGACGCUGUUUCAAUGGGUGAAUUAGCUUCUUCAGUGAAUGCUUCUGUUGUUUAUGACAAAGACGGUAAAGUCUUCGAUAACAACAAGUAAGUGUUCUGUGUGUUCGGUGUGUUCCGUGUUGACCACACCCUCAAGCGGGGCUGGCUCGGUUAACCUGGACGAUUCGUGUAAUAAAGCUCUUAUCAUGACUUUGAUAAACAUCUAAAAUGACACGAGGCUUAAAUAACUGAAAUCUGUUUCUUUACAGAUCAAUUUCUCUUUGGAAAAAGGUCGAUGGAAAUUGGCUUGUCCACUGGACAGCGUGGAGUAGUGACCAGCCAACACCGUCACAGUGA